AUGGAAAAUGUAGUCAACGGAAUGAUGGAGGACGGGUACAAUGAACCCGCAAAUGAUGAGCAUCAGACACUAAACCAGACUGCUACACUGAAAAAGACACAGGUGAAAGACAGAUCGACUUUGUACUUUUUGUAUAAUGCAGUGGAUGAAUUGGGAUUCGAGAAAAUAGCUAAUGCAAAGUCGACAAAAGAAGCAUGGGAAAUUCUGGAGGUGGCAUACAAAGGAGAUAUUCGCUUAAGACAGGUCCGAGUACAAGCUCUUAGAAGAGAGUUUGAACAUAUGGAAAUGGAUGACAAGGAAGGAGUUGUCGAGUUUAUAGCUCGAGUGCAGAAGAUGGCCAACCAACUCAGAAUGAACGAAGAAGAGGUUCCUCCUAACCGGAUUGCGGAAAAGAUCUUGAGAAAUUUGACGGAUGAUUCUGAAAGUAUCGUAGUCACUAUUGAAGAGACAACGGAUUUGUCAACUCUCAUUGUGGAGGAGUUAGUUGGGUCAUUCAAGGCCAACGAACUGAGGAGGAAGAAGAAAAAGAGGGAACUCGACGAUCGAGCACUACAAGCACAGUUUGACUCGAACGAAACUCGGAAUACUCAAAGUAGAGGUCCUGAAGGCAGAGGACGAGGAGGUCGAGGACGAGGUGGACGUGACCGAGGUAAUUUUGAGAAUGAUAGUAAAGUGCAAACCGAUCAGCAAAAUUGUCAUGACCGAGGACAAGGGAACGACCGAGGAGAUCGGUCAAAAGUGGAGUGUUUUAAGUGUGGUAAUCACGGUCACUAUGCAAACGAGUGUAGAUCGAGAAAGUGCUACAAUUAUGGUAAGUAUGGCUACAUUGAUAAGUAUUGCAAGGUUGAGACAAAGGGGGAGACGAACUUUCUUACGAAAGAAGAAGAUGAAUGUGGAAUCCUAUUGAUGGCAAAGAGCUCGAAUGUAGUGGACAUGGAGAGUUUGAUCCCAACAAUGGAUGACGUGAUCUCGGUAAAUGGAGCGACAAAUGCGGAGAAGGAAAACCUGGAGAAAGAACUCAAACAAAAAGAUGAAAAGAUUAAGCGGAUAGGGAGGCUUCUAGAUGAAGCUAAUGAGAUUAUGAAUAAACAAAGGGUUGAGCUUGAAAAGCUGAAGAAGGUGGCUCUUGAAAAGGAAGAGAAAACAUUUAGUGUUCUUGAACCAGAUGGAAAAGAGAAAGAUGAAGAUGAAGAUGUUGAGAAAAACCAGGGUAUGAGAAGCUCAAAUAUUGAGAUAGCAAAAGAUAUGAUGAGUAAAAUUUUGGACAAGACGAAGAAGUCAGCCAAGAUUAUUGAGAAACCGCCAAUGGUCAUAAACAAGUUGGUCAAGGUUAUUGAGAAGUCAAGCAUAACAAAGUCAGUCAAAGCCUUAGAGAGAUCAACCAAUGUAAAAGACAUGAGGGUCAGAAGGAAAAGGAAGAAGUCAAAUAUGGUUGAAAGAAGCAAGCCCGGUGUGGGAUGA